ACUCACUCACCUCCAAACCAAGUCAGAUAUCUUCCACACUGUAAGACUGAGUACUGUUCUUGAGUGGAGCCAAUAGAGAAGACAAUGGCGUCAACCACUCUCAAUCUCAAUCUCUCAACUUUCACAGCUUCACUCCCUCCAUUCUCAUCAUCACCUUCUUCAAAAUUCUCUGCUCUUCGUGUUUCUAACUCAUCAUAUUUUCCUUCACGGAGACUCGCUCUCUUACACCUCGGCUCAGUUCUUCCACACUCACCAUUGUUAGAUGUAAAAGCAUCAAAUUUAUUAAGAGCAGAUGGGAACACUGUAGAUAGACUUAUGGCACAAGCAGCUACUUCUACUACUACAAAGGAAAAUGUAUUAGAUUGGGUCAAGAAUGACAACAGAAGAAUGCUACAUGUUGUUUACAAAGUUGGAGACUUGGAAAAGACUAUAAAAUUCUAUACUGAAUGUUUGGGAAUGAAGCUCUUGAGAAAGCGUGACAUACCUGAGGACAGGUACACAAAUGCUUUUCUAGGAUUUGGACCAGAAGAUUCUCAUUUUGUUGUUGAACUUACUUACAAUUAUGGAGUUGAUAAAUAUGAUAUUGGUAAUGGCUUUGGCCAUUUUGGUGUAGCUGUUGAGGAUGUUGAUAGAACAGUUGAACUUAUAAAGGCAAAGGGUGGAACAGUUACCAGAGAGCCUGGUCUUGUUAAAGGUGGUAGUACAAAAAUUGCUUUUAUUGAAGAUCCUGAUGGUUACAAGUUUGAGCUUUUGGAGAGAGGGCCUACUCCUGAGCCCCUUUGUCAAGUUAUGCUUCGAGUGGGUGAUCUUGACCGUGCGAUAAACUUCUAUAAGAAGGCCUAUGGUAUGGAGCUUCUCCGAGUAAAGGAUAACCCCGAUCACAAGUAUACCAUAGCUAUGAUGGGCUAUGGCCCUGAAGAUAAGAAUGCAGUGCUGGAAUUGACAUAUAACUAUGGGGUCACAGAGUAUGUUAAAGGAAAUGGUUAUGCACAGAUUGCAAUAGGGACAGACGAUGUUUAUAAGACCGCGGAAGCAGUAAAACUAUCCGGAGGUAAAAUAGUACUCGAACCUGGCCCCUUGCCUGGUAUCAAUACCAAGAUCACUGCUUGCUUGGACCCAGAUGGUUGGAAAACGGUCUUUGUCGAUAACAUUGAUUUUCGGAAGGAGCUAGAGUGACCCCCAAAUAACAGCAGCCACUACAUUUUUUUCUGUAGUGCCAUCAAUUAAUCCAAGAAAGCUUAAUGCAUAGAGUAAAAUUAUCUAAAAUCACACCAUGAAUGAACAUACUUGAUCCCAAUUCAUAGAUAUAGAUCAAUCUGUACAUGAUUGUAAAAGUUGUAAAACUGGCUUGCUUUCCCAAUGACAUGUACAUCUAAGGAUUAUUUACUGCAAGUUUAUUUGAUUACAGAAGAUCACAAAGAAUCAUCAUACCACUUAAGAUAAUGUUACAUUGGCAUGACAAUUCAAUAUGUGUUGUAUUCCCUCUGUCCA